CAGUGUUUGCAGAAGGAGAGUUAUAAGAAGGGAGGUUGUGGCUGGCCGGCAGAAGUGCUGCAGCGGAAAACUUCUUUGUUGUUCUGUGUGUUUGGGUCCGUGUGGCAAUGGCAAUAAAGCAGUCAGCAGGAGACAUGUCGCAGGAAGAUACCGAGGCGUGCAAGAAAGCUUUUGAGGCGGAGCCAGACAAUGGAGGCGGUGCAGAAACCGGAGCCAGCAGCAGAGUAGGUUCAGCAGCAGAGGAACAGACCGGAGAAGCCGCCGUGCCAUUGGGUACGACAGCAGAGGCUAGCGAAGGCAAGACAGCCGUUGGAGAAGAUGCAGGGCAGGCUAGCGAGACGGUGGUUCCGGAAGUGCCAGAUGUGUCAGAACCGCCAGAGACACAAGAAGACCAAGUUGCUCCAUUGAACGGUGUGACCGGCCACCUGGUCGAGAUACCGCUUGACAGCGGGACCACUGACUUGCAGAAUGUAGAGAUACUCUCGAAACAUUACCAGAUCCCGAACAUCUUGAUCAAGUCGCUGUUCGACUUGAACAACAAGCGAAAAACACAGCUUUUGAACGGCUUCAACAGUGCCGGGUCAACGACCGCCAACUCGGGUACCCCUGGCGACGUAUGCAGGUUCAUUUUAGAGCUGGAGGCGGAGAUCAUCGAGUUCAUUGUUAAACCCAGUGUCGACUCGUGGAAAAUGAAGCCACUGAACUCGUACUACCGCUUGUUGUCACACCAACUGGCAGAUUACUACCACUUAGGCCACAUUCUUUCAAACGAUGGGUCAUCGAUGGUGUUGUUCAAAAUCAACACCUCGUUGAUUAACGCCGAUGAUGAGACGAAGAAAAAUGCCAAGUUCGACCAGUCAGGCAACAUCAGGCCUUUGGACUUCAGAAACUUAAAGUUCGACCCGCAAGAAAAGCUCAACAGAAUCAAGUUGGCAGAUUUGUACAAUGCCUACAAGGACACAUUCUACAAAGGUGAUUACAAAUCUAAUACCAAUACCAAUACUGAUAACGAUGGACAGGCCGGCAUCACCAAUGAGUUUAGCAACCUUCGAAUGGACACCACGGAUAGUGACAGAGCCAUCAACAAUGUGCGCAUCAUGCGAAGGGCCGCAAACAAAACCUCCUCUGAAGGAGAGGAGCAAAGAAGAAUUGGCAAUGGCAGCAGAACACAUUCUUUUGUAUCCGAGGACUCGCAGCUUUCCAAGGAAGAGAGAUACAAACUGGUAAAGGAACGCAUUGAAAAAGAACAUGCUGCCAGCGAUGACUAUGGUGACGACCGUGAAGAGACUGUCAAUGGGGCCAAUGGUAAGAAUAAAAUAAAUGGCGAGGACGCCAGAGAGGACGAAGAUUAUGAUGAUGAUGAUGAUGCAGAGAUUAUCAUUUCAGAUGAACGUGGUGAAAAUGGCACCACGGAAUUACAUAGCACAGGAGGCUAUAGGUCGGACAGAGGUGGCUACAUCCAUCCGGGUAACAGUACCAAUAUCAGCAAAUACAGAAACAGAAACCAAGAUACCAACGGAUUUAGACGAAACGCAAAAGCCUACAGAGGAAACAGACAUUCCAAUUACAACUACAGAAAUCAGUAUGCAUAUUAUCCAAACGGACAAAUCUAUGCUGGAUUGCCCCCACAACAUCCUCCUUCUUCAAAUUCGACAACGCAUCAUCCUCCCUACGGCUACAUGAUUGCACCAAAUUCUUCUCCUAGUAUGCCGAUGAAUAUGGACAUGAGCCUGGCUACAUCUCCUAUCGGAUCUCCUAACUCAACGUCGGCUAUGCUGCCCUCCCCUCCCUAUUACUACAUCCCUGUCAUGCCUCCAGUCAGUAACGGUAAUGGUGUAAGUAUGAACUACAAGAAAAAUGGCAGCAACAAGAAUAGAAACAGCACUGAAGAUGUGCAUGCGUCAGGGGCAAAAGAAGGUAAUAACUCUGAGUUCUCGCAGUCUCCAGCAUCUGUAUCAAAUUCAACAACCUCGAUGGCCAACGGUGAAGGGUUUGAGGAAGAGAUAAGCUCUCCUCCUCUGGCUGCUUCCUCUCAUCCAGUCGCAUUGCAGCACACUUCCCCUCCACCUGUACCACCUGGGUCAAGCGGGGCAAGCUAUUCUGUCACUCCACCAGGUAUGCCUGUGAUGAUGCCAAUGGGACCCGCCCAAGUUUCUAGACCAAUGUAUCAGUACUAUUACCCACUGCGUGGCAACCAAUACUACCCCCCAGGUGCCAAUGGCAUCUCAGCCAAUGGCAUGUAUAUGCCUAUGAUGUAUUACGGUGAUAACAUGAACAAGGAUGGCAAUUACGUGAUGAAUAGAAACAAAAAGUACUACAACAAUGGGAAUGGUAAUGUUUAUUAUUCGGGCUACAACAACUAUAGCAGGAAAUCAUCAAAGAACUACGGACGCAGGAACGGAAGCCGCAGUAACGGCUAUGAUCAUACCGCCACAAAUACGGACUCUAACGGCAGUCUCAGCGUGGAUGUCGAUACUGGUGCAACUAAGGACACAGGAGACAAUUAUACAGAUGCACACUACGAAAGUACAGUGGAAAGUGUAGAAACUUAAUACUUUGCUGCACAAUUAUCGUCGUGACAUCAAGGAAUGUAGAGUAAGUAUCUGCGGUUUACUGAGAAGUAGAUAUAGUAUAAAUAUAGUAUAAAAUAUUGUAAAAACUA